AUGUCACAUCAUAUUGUAGAAGAAAUCUCAAUUGGUGAUCUGGAAUACACAAUAGUCGUAACAUACAAUCACAACUACAAUAAAAAUGCCCCCAUCACGAUAUAUAUCAACCAACAACAAAACCAAUUGAUGGGUGACUACAUCUACACUAUACAAGAUUCAUCGACUUUUAUAAAUAGUGUUGACGAGAGCGAGCAGUUGAGACUGCUAAAUCAACAGCUAGCUUCAAAAUAUAAGGUACCGAUUUACUUGAAUAUCAACACUACAGGCAAAUUUUCCAAUGUGGAUAUGUUUCAAACGAUCACUGGUUUGAUUAAUAGAGAGGAACAGCAAUCGAAUAUUCAAAUACGAGAAUAA